CAAAAAAACACCAACAACAACAAAAAGCAGCAAGCAAUAGCCGGAGCAGCAGUAGCAGCAGCAGCAGAAUAUUUUCACAAAUUUUUGCAUUGUUCAACUGGACGGCAGCGUCAGCGCCGCUGCCAGCGUUAACCUCAACGCCGAUUAACUGUAAAUUACAACAGCAGCUCCGAAAUGGCACGCCACUUUGAUCAUAUGUUCAAGUUGCUUAUAAUUGGCGACAGCGGUGUGGGCAAAUCUUCGCUCCUCAUACGAUUUUCAGAUGACACAUUCUCGGGCAGUUAUAUAACGACAAUUGGAGUGGAUUUUAAAAUACGCACCGUUGUGAUCGACGGAUUGCGGGUAAAGCUGCAGAUCUGGGAUACGGCUGGACAGGAGCGCUUUCGCACCAUUACCAGCACCUAUUACCGCGGCACCCACGGCGUGAUCAUUGUCUACGAUGUCACGAAUGGCGACUCCUUUGCGAAUGUGCGCCGCUGGCUGGAGGAGAUACAGAACAAUUGCGAUGUGGUCAACAAAGUAUUAGUGGGCAAUAAGAAUGAUGAUCCGGACCGCAAAGUGGUCAUAACAGAGGAUGCGCAACGCUUUGCGCGGCAAAUGGAUAUUGAGCUGUUCGAGACAUCCGCCAAAGACAACCUCAAUGUGGAGGAUAUGUUUCUGUCCAUAACGCGACAGGUGCUGAAUCAUAAGCUGCGCACCGCCUCCGAUGAACAGCAAAAGGAUCGCAUCCAAGUAAAGCAAAGCAAGAACAAGGGAAAAACCAACAAAUGUUGCAGUUGAAAGCGACAUCGUGGCAGCAGCAGCAGCAAUAGGAUGUGGAUGAAGAUAUGUUGUGGGGGCGCGUAGUACAGGUUCAUAAGGCAAACACUCAAACACAUACACACAGAAACUUAUACACAGAUAGACAAGCAUAUGUAGCUUACACACACAUACACAUGCACAAGACAAAUUUUUUGUUUUUUUUUUUUUUUGUUUUAAUUUUGUAAUGCCUCAGAGC